UGUGAAAGUUCACAUCUGGGCCUGGUUAUUAGUAAUCUUAAACAAAGGUGAGAACCACAAAAUCACAACUACUUUACUUAAACACUAAGUGAAUUUGUAAAUGAUAAACCUACAGUCGGGUCCAUAUAUACGCCUCAUUUCCUUCUAAUCAUCAGCACUUUAAGCAUCUUCUUCAUCAUUAGAUGAGGUACACUCUUCCUUGUACAUAUUUAUUACCAUAUAAGGGAUUCUUUCAAAGCAUUUUUGUUUUUAGCCAACCCUAAAUGUUGUCCAUAUUCCAUAUUUGGUGUGUCUUCUUCUCAUUUGUUGUCUAUGAUCACAACUUUUUGUGUAACUAAACCUAUAUAUACUCUGUUUAUGCUGAAUAAAGUUGAGAGACUUUGCUCUCUGACUUCUGUGUCAUUUCGCAACUCUACCAAGCGCUUGAGACAGGAAGUGUGCGACAGAGCGAAGGCGCCCCUUCAACUUUUGGGAGAAUUCAAAAGAAACAGAGACAGAAAUCUAACACAGGCACAAUGGCAUCACCGAAGGGUCUCAUCAUCGUCUGCCUGCUUCAUCUGUGUAUUCAAAGCAUUCAGGGGAAUGUGAACACUGCCGCCCUUGCUAAAAUGAUCCAGUAUUUUGAUGACAAUGUCCAGCCAAACACCAAGCCUGAUGCUCAGUACGCAAUAGCGAUCAGAGUCCUAAGGGCUCAGUGUACAAAUGAAAGCUUUGAUAUCGAGACUGAGUUCAGCAGGGGAAAUGCAACAAAUGUGAGAGAUGUUCUCAAUAGAGGAGAAAUGUGUGUACUCUGCACACCAUCAGAAAAUGUUAUUGCUGCACGGCCAACGCGAAAAAGACCAAAGGAACAUGCUGAGCAUAGACUGCUCUAUCCUGUAGGUAAUUCUCCUAUGGACAAACUUCUAAAAAAGGCAGAUAAGGAUAGCUGUGUAGUUUUCUAUACUUACAACUCUCCUUGUGUGAAACAGUGCAUUCAGAGUACAGACAAUAUUUUGCCGGGUCUUUCAAACUGGAUAAACGAACAAAAAGAGGCAAUGAAUGUUUUUGUCUUUGAAAAGAUCUAUGAGAAGGACUCUAAGAAGGACAUGGAAAUAUAUAUCCGAAAGAUUUAUGCGAAAGUGCCUCUUUAUCGGUGUACUAGUAAUAAUACGAUGGAAUGUAAGAAUUGUGUGGACCAAAACAGUAAGGUGGAUUCCUUCUGUCUGCCUGAAAAGAAAUGAUUACUUUUCAUGAUUACAGUCCAAGAAAAAGCUUAUGUCGAUGAUCAAACGGUGGCGUGUUAAUGGAUAAUUUCCACCUCAUAUCUUUCACAAAGCGCUUUCGGCCCAGCACACACUGCGCUAUGAAAUCAGAAUCAUUACUCACCAAACACACACUCUGUGAAGUAUUAUUCUUGAUCAACCGUUCUGUGCCUAAUAAAAUUUUAAUCACGUA